UUUGGUGUCUUUUUCUGUGCCAUUAUGGGGAAGAUAGCGGAAGACUGCGUUUCUUGCGAGGGAAAGAAAAAGGAAAUCGAUGAAGCAGUAAAGGAAGAGAUGGAAGAGAUGGUGGCCGUAUUCCUGGAUGCCAAUAGGUUACGGAGGACCGUGAUUUCAGAGAUUAUCAACGCAACGAAUGUUUACCAGGGUGCUCUGUUUCUUGAAGCUCUAUCCCAAUUUCUUGUUGGGUUCAGGGACCCCAUAUUGCUCACUGAAUUCGAAUGUUGCAACAUGCCCAUCUUGAGGUUUUGCUGAUAUAUUUAUUCGUCUCCGCCAAAAUUUUUCUGCUCAAGGGUAUUUUCCAAAUUCAUGAUUCCUGCAAAUUGUUCAUCCUGGACGAGGAAGAUUUGCGCUGUAAUUCUUCCAAUUCGAGUUGUGCUGAAUGCUGAAGUAGAAAUCUCUUUUUUUGCUCUUUUAAUUUUUUAUCCAUUAGGAAAAGGGAGAUAACCACUGUGUAUAUCAGUUUGUAUUCAGCCGUGUGAUGUGGAUUACGUGUCAUCACGUUAUUGGUUAGUCUGUAGUUCUCUAACACUUUGAAAAGUCUUCCCUCUUUCUCUGGUGUAAAUUCAUGUGUGGCAGUAAAGCAGGAAACGCCGC